GGUCUAUUUCAUUCAUUUGUGUAUGUGGCAGCCGCGGGUGCAUAUUCGUCAUUUUUACAAAUAAAAAAAUACCUUAUUGAUUUAUUUUUCUUCAUGUAGAAAUUAAGUUGGAAUAACCCCGCGAUAUAAGACGGUCGUUCGUAAGUCUAUUUGGAUUAGUUAGAGCUGAAAAAAGACAACAACCAUGGCUCAAGUGUUGCCGAUACGCUUUCAGGAGCACUUACAGCUCACAAACAUUGGGAUAAACCCUGCCUCCAUUUCCUUCAACACUCUCACAAUGGAAUCUGACAAGUUCAUCUGUGUCCGUGAGAAGGUCGGGGAGACGUCUGAGGUGGUCAUCAUUGACAUGGCAGACCCCACCAACCCCAUCAGGAGGCCAAUUAGCGCAGAUUCUGCCAUCAUGAACCCAGCUAGCAAAGUCAUUGCUCUGAAGGGCAAAGCUGGAGUGGAGGCAGCGCAAAAGACCCUCCAAAUAUUCAACAUUGAGAUGAAAUCCAAGAUGAAGGCGCACACGAUGACCGAGGAUGUCGUCUUCUGGAAGUGGAUCUCGCCGAACACCCUCGCGCUGGUCACCAAGAUGUCCGUCUACCACUGGUCCAUGGAGGGCGACUCCACGCCGGUCAAGAUGUUCGACAGGCAUGCCUCGCUCACCGAGUGCCAAAUCAUCAACUAUAGGACCGAUCCAAAACAGCAAUGGUUACUGUUAGUUGGUAUUUCAGCGCAACAGAACCGUGUGGUGGGUGCUAUGCAGCUGUACUCUGUGGAGCGCAAGUGCUCGCAGCCCAUCGAAGGGCACGCCGCCUCCUUUGCGACCUUCAAGGCGGAGGGCAACGCUGAACCCUCCACGUUGUUCUGCUUCGCUGUGAGGACGGCCCAGGGUGGCAAGCUUCAUAUUAUUGAGGUGGGCCAAACGCCAGCAGGCAACCAGCCGUUCCCCAAGAAGGCAGUGGACGUGUUCUUCCCUGCAGAAGCGCAGAACGACUUCCCGGUGGCUAUGCAGGUGUCGCCCAAGUACGACGUCAUAUACCUCAUCACCAAGUACGGCUACAUACACAUGUAUGACAUCGAGACCGGCACCUGCAUAUACAUGAACCGUAUCUCCUCUGAUACCAUAUUCGUGACCGCCCCACAUGAGGCUACUGGGGGAAUUAUUGGUGUCAACCGCAAAGGGCAAGUGCUGUCGGUAACUGUGGAGGAGGACUCCAUAGUGCCGUACAUCAACACGGUGCUGCAGAACCCGGAGCUGGCGCUGCGCCUCGCCGUCCGGAACAACCUGGCCGGAGCCGAGGAGCUGUUCGUCAGGAAGUUCAACAUGCUCUUCACUAACGGCCAGUACGGGGAGGCGGCUAAGCCAUGGCCCCGCGCGGCAUCCUCCGCACGCCGCAGACCAUCCAGCGCUUCCAGCAGGUGCCCACGCAGCCGGGCCAGACCUCGCCGCUGCUGCAGUACUUCGGCAUACUGCUGGAUCAGGCGCAGCUCAACAAGUUCGAGUCGCUGGAGCUGUGCCGUCCGGUGCUUUUGCAGGGUCGUAAGCAACUCUUAGAGAAAUGGCUCAAAGAAGAGAAACUAGAGUGCUCCGAGGAACUGGGAGAUCUCGUCAAACAAGUGGACGCCUCGUUGGCUUUGUCGGUUUACUUGCGGGCGAACGUGGCGAGCAAAGUCAUACAGUGCUUUGCUGAGACUGGCCAGUUCUCGAAAAUUGUGCUUUAUGCUAAAAAGGUGGGAUACACGCCCGAUUAUAUCUUCCUAUUGCGGUCCGUGAUGCGCACUAAUCCUGAGCAAGGCGCCGGCUUCGCGGGCAUGCUGGUAGCAGAGGAUCCUCCCUUGGCCGACAUCCAGCAGAUUGUGGACGUGUUCAUGGAACAGAACAUGGUCCAGCAAUGCACUGCUUUCCUUUUGGACGCUCUGAAGAACAACCGACCCGAGGAAGGACCCUUACAAACAAGGUUGUUGGAAAUGAACCUGAUGUCGGCGCCUCAAGUGGCGGACGCUAUCCUCGGCAACGGCAUGUUCACGCACUACGACCGCGCGCACGUGGCGCAGCUCUGCGAGAAGGCGGGCCUGCUGCAGCGCGCGCUCGAGCAUUACACCGAUCUGUACGACAUCAAGCGUGCUGUGGUUCACACACACUUGUUAUCUGCAGACUGGCUCGUCAGUUACUUUGGUACACUGUCAGUGGAAGAUUCCCUCGAAUGCCUCAAAGCCAUGCUCCAGGCCAACAUUCGUCAGAACUUGCAGAUCUGUGUACAGAUUGCCACCAAGUACCAUGAACAACUUACCACCAAAGCACUGAUCGAACUGUUUGAGAGCUUCAAGACUUAUGAAGGCCUGUUCUAUUUCCUGGGAUCUAUUGUUAACUUCAGUCAGGAUUCGGAGGUCCAUUUCAAGUACAUUCAGGCCGCCUGCAAGACUGGUCAGAUCAAAGAGGUGGAGCGCAUAUGCCGCGAGUCAAACUGCUACAACGCCGAGCGAGUCAAGAACUUCCUGAAGGAGGCCAAGUUGCCCGACCAGCUGCCGCUCAUCAUAGUCUGCGACCGGUUCGACUUCGUGCACGACUUGGUGCUGUACCUGUAUAGGAACAGCUUGCAGAAGUACAUCGAGAUAUAUGUGCAAAAGGUGAACCCAUCCCGUCUACCUGUGGUGGUGGGAGGUCUCCUUGAUGUGGAUUGCGCGGAAGACAUCAUCAAGAACUUGAUACUGGUGGUGCGGGGACAGUUCUCCACCGAUGAGUUGGUUGCUGAAGUUGAGAAGAGAAACAGAUUGAAAUUGCUCCUGCCAUGGUUGGAGACCCGCGUUCACGAAGGCUGCAACGAACCAGCGACUCACAACGCCCUCGCCAAGAUAUAUAUCGAUUCCAAUAACAAUCCUGAGCGGUUCCUCAAAGAAAAUCAAUGGUACGACUCACGAGUAGUUGGUCGUUACUGCGAGAAGCGCGACCCGCACCUCGCGUGCGUGGCGUACGAGCGCGGGCAGUGCGACCGCGAGCUGAUCGCCGUGUGCAACGACAACUCGCUGUUCAAGACGCAGGCGCGCUACCUCGUGCGGCGCCGCGACCAGGACCUGUGGCUCGAGGUUCUGGCCGAGUCCAACCCCUUCAAGCGACAGCUCAUCGACCAGGUGGUUCAAACAGCACUCUCUGAAACUCAAGACCCUGAGGACAUUUCGGUGACAGUGAAAGCUUUCAUGACCGCCGACCUGCCCAACGAACUGAUUGAGUUGCUCGAGAAGAUUGUGCUCGACAAUUCCGUGUUCUCUGACCACAGGAAUCUCCAGAACUUGCUUAUUUUGACAGCUAUAAAGGCGGACCGCACCCGUGUGAUGGAGUACAUCAACCGGCUGGACAACUACGACGCGCCCGACAUCGCCAACAUCGCCAUCAACAACGAACUGUACGAGGAGGCCUUUGCUAUCUUCAAGAAGUUUGAUGUCAACACUUCUGCUAUACAAGUUCUGAUUGACCAAGUGAAUGACCUGAAACGCGCGUACGAGUUUGCCGAACGCUGCAACGAGCCCGGCGUGUGGUCGCAGCUGGCCAAGGCACAGCUCCAACAAGGCCUGGUGAAGGAGGCCAUAGACUCCUACAUUAAGGCUGACGAUCCCUCUGCGUAUCUGGACGUGGUCGCUACAGCGUCCAAACAGCAGUCUUGGGAUGACCUCGUGCGGUACUUACAGAUGGCACGGAAGAAAGCACGCGAAUCCUACAUCGAAUCAGAACUCAUCUACGCAUACGCUCGCACCGGCCGACUGGCCGAUCUGGAGGAGUUCAUCUCGGGCCCCAACCAUGCAGACAUUCAGAAAAUCGGUGACCGGUGCUUCGAGGACAAAAUGUACAAUGCGGCAAAGUUGCUAUACAAUAAUGUUAGUAACUUCGCGCGUCUGGCUAUCACAUUGGUGUAUUUGAAAGAAUUUCAAGGUGCGGUGGACAGCGCCCGCAAGGCGAACUCGACGCGCACGUGGAAGGAGGUGUGCUUCGCGUGCGUGGACGCGGGCGAGUUCCGCCUGGCGCAGAUGUGCGGCCUGCACAUCGUGGUGCACGCCGACGAGCUCGAGGACCUCAUCAACUACUACCAGGACCGAGGCCACUUCGAUGAACUCAUCAGCCUGUUGGAAGCCGCCCUGGGCUUGGAGAGGGCUCACAUGGGCAUGUUCACAGAGCUAGCCAUCCUCUACUCCAAAUACAAGCCUGCCAAGAUGCGCGAACACUUGGAACUUUUCUGGUCGCGUGUCAAUAUACCAAAGGUUCUACGUGCGGCAGAACACGCUCACUUGUGGUCGGAGCUCGUGUUCUUGUACGACAAAUAUGAGGAAUACGACAACGCAGCUCUCACUAUGAUGCAGCAUCCCACCGAGGCGUGGCGAGAGGGGCACUUUAAAGAUAUCAUUACUAAGGUUGCUAACAUGGAGCUAUAUUACAAAGCGAUUCAAUUCUACCUCGACUACAAGCCUCUUCUAUUGAAUGACCUCUUACUCGUACUGGCACCUCGGAUGGACCACACCAGAGCUGUCGGUUUCUUCACCAAAGCUGGUCACCUCCAACUCGUGAAGGCCUACCUGAGGUCCGUGCAAAGUCUCAACAACAAAGCUGUGAAUGAAGCCCUCAACUCACUGCUCAUAGAUGAAGAGGACUACCAGGGCCUACGAACGUCGAUAGACGCUUUCGAUAACUUCGACACAAUUGCGCUUGCGCAACAAUUAGAAAAACACGAACUUACAGAAUUUAGGAGAAUCGCCGCCUACUUGUACAAAGGCAACAACCGGUGGAAACAGAGCGUGGAGCUGUGCAAGAAGGACGCUCUGUACGCGGACGCGAUGGAGUACGCGUCCGAGUCGCGCCAGCCGGAGGUCGCCGAGGAGCUGCUCGACUGGUUCCUCGAGAGGAACAACUACGAGUGCUUCUCCGCCUGCCUUUAUCAGUGUUAUGAUUUGCUGAAACCAGAUGUAGUAAUUGAGUUAGCGUGGAGGCACAAUAUAAUGGACUUUGCCAUGCCGUUCCUUAUUCAGACUGUUCGGGAGUUGACAACGAAAGUGGAGAAAUUAGAGGAAGCCGACGCGAAGCGCAGCACGGAGAGCGCGGAGCAGGAAGCCAAGCCCGCCAUGAUCAUGGAGCCGCAGCUCAUGCUCACAGCCGGCCCCUCGAUGCAGUACCCCGGCGUGGCGGCGCAGGCGUCGUCCCCUUACGCGUACGCGGCGCAGGCCCCGUCGCCGGCGCCCUACCACGGCUACGGCAUGUAGGGCUCCGCCGCCCCGCGCUGGCGGGCCGCGGCCACUUACAACAACUUCUGAGCGUGACACUAACUGACUGUACCGACACCCCGUGUACGAUGACCCACCGUUACAUGUCUGUAGCAAGAAUUGAUAUCCUGUGUAUCUCCUAUAUUUUAAUUAUUUAACACGUUCACUGCGGCACGAGGUCAAUUGACCUCAAUUUUAUGGAGGUUUAUUGACCUCUUAACUUUUGAAUACGCAAAAAAGGAUUUUUGCGUAUUCAAGAGUUAAGAGGUCAAUAAACCUCCACACCACAGAAAGUUUCAGUACGAGGUCAAAAAACCUCGUACCGCAACAGGGGAAAGUACAGCAAACGUGUUAAGCCAUUAAAAUCUAAAUUUUAUAAUAUUCAUUGCAUGUUAUAAAUUAUAGUUCAUCCCACUGUAAGGUAAAGUUCUAUCCAUAGUCGAUCGGGUUCAGUAUGUACCUUCGAAGAUAAUUAGGUUUGUCUUUCCAUAUGGUAAUGGGCCUGGCUCUUUUUCUUUUUGCAUCCCUUGGGCACCACAAUGUUGUUAUACAACUCCAAUUGUCAUUUGGUCUCUCUUCUUGUUAUAUGUCCUGCCCAGUUCCAUUGUGUGUAUAUCCUAUGUACCAUACACUAUUUAUAAAGGCUAUCUAUGAAUUACUACAGGGAAAGCUUGUGGAAACCUUCACUGCGGUAGUAACUAAACAGUAGAGCGGUCAGACACAUUCAGUUUUACACACCAACGCGUUUGUCAAAUCGCUCGCUUCAUGCAAAGAAUAACUAUGUGAAAUAAAAUUCAUUUAAUUGUUAUAAUGCUUCUGUUAAUAGUUAAUAAAAAUUGUUAUCAUAUAAAUUAUCUUACAAAACGAUAUAAUAUACUCAGAGGCACAAUUAUCCGCCCACUUUAAUAUACUCGCGUCAUAUUAAAGUGGGCGGAUAAUUGUGCCUCUGAGUAUAUAACUAAUAUUCAAUUUGAGUAGACUUCAAAAUGGCUGUGACGUUGUAUUAACCGUCGUAGUUAAUGUUGCACAAUAAAAUCUUGGCAUUUUCGAUCAAGUAGAAAAUAAACUUACAAAAUAGACUUAUUUUUUGUUUUUAUAAAAAAACGGGUUUUAUUUAUUAAGUCGUAUGGCCUAAUCGAGAUAUUUUUGUUUUUCAAAACUGUGGACUUUAUCGAAAAUGUUGAGAAAUUACCAAUGGAUGGGUCUUCCGAUAAAAACGGGCAGUGUCGGUCUGUACGAAACAUAUUUAAAAUUUCUAAAGCUCUCAAUCAUACAUAUAAACCAUUCAAUGUAGAGAGUUAUAUAUAAUAAGUAUUUAAAUGUUGUUAUUUGUAGGGAUUCAAUCGCCUUCAAUGUUUAUAGGCUGCUAAACUAAAAGUUGUUUACUAAAAAAAAAAAGUAAUCUACAUAGAAAGUUAUGUAGUCAAAUUGUUACUAACAUUUUACCCAUUAGCAAGUAGAUUGAAUCUCUAUAACAAAUGGCUUUUCAUUACAUUUCGUGUUCAUGCUCCAUUAUUUAUUUAUUGAAUGAUAUAAAAACAUUCUAUAAAUCUUAAUGUUAAGUUUUAAGAGUCAAUCUUAUUAGAGAAAUGUCUAUUCAAAUUCCUACCUGUUAUGGUUACCACUUACGAUCGAGUGGACCAUAUAUUUAUAUGCUUCUUCAGUUGUUAGUUGACUGAAUAAGUAUAGUAUUAAAUUAUACUUAAUGGAGGCAAACGAUUUUAAAGUAUAUGCAGUUAUUUUAAUUUUGGUCUCGAGGCCCCACACGAAAUGAUGAAUGUUAUUUAUACAAAUAAACAAAUGUAUUAACAAAUAGCAAGUUUUUGGUUAUUCGAUACAUGAGCAUCUUGUAAAACAAAAAAAAAUCUAUUCAUCAGAGCUUAGAUAUGCCACUAGGUAUAUAGAUAUCUCGUGUAUAUACAUAGUGAUUGUUUAUCGCGACUACCACGUCCGGUUAAUUAUUAUAGCUAUUAAAAUUAUAGCACACAUAAAGUUAUUCUAAAUUAUGAGCAAAGUAUUGUAUUUAAUUGGAAAUUUAAAUUCUGAUAUUGUUCAAUAGUUGAUAUAAUUUAUUGAAAUAUAAAAAAAAUAAUAUUUGUUCAUAUAUUUUAUAUUGAAUUCGUAAGACCAGUGCUUACUAAGGCUUUGUAGAUUUUUCAUUAGUGCAAUAAUAAAUUUAUUUUGGCAUUAUUUAACAUACAGUGAGAUGUUGUUACCUCGAGAGUCGAAUUUUGGAACCAGAUGAUAUGAUAGACAUAAUUUGAUUUCAUAAUUAUUUAUUAAAAAUAAAUAUAGUGUACCUAUAUUAAAAUAAUCUAUAACUUUGGUCGAUCGUGAUUUUAACAAUAGAAUAAAAUUUCGGCCAAUGGCGUUGGAGUUGUUUUAGUUCCAUAGAUAGUGGUAUUUCCGGUUGCGCCGCCAUUGGUUGAAUUUUGUCUAUUUCUCUUCAGGAAAUUAUAUUAGGACGCAUGGUAGCACCACAUGAGGUAGCAUUAUUUCACUGGAAACAUUCAUAGAAAGGACACAUCGAGAUUAAACACAGUAUCUUAAUAUUUCAAAAUGAAUAUUGUUAUAUGUAUAUAAUGCUUUCAAAGUAGAUGUCGAUAAGAAAAGUGAAAUUGAGGAAGCAAUACUUCCGAUAAAUGGAAAGCUAACAGUAAUAAGAUCAUUGGUAGGUAUGAUUAUUAUAGGUAUGAUUAGUUUUAGUUUAGGCGGAUAGCGUUACGAUGUUAUUAUUUUGGAUUUAGUUGCGAGCGUGUGGGAAGUUUGUAUCUGUCACGCGUGUUGCUUGCGUAGCGUCAUUUGUCACACCUUGGUAUGCCUUCACUAGAUAAUACAUAAUAGUACGAGAGCCGGCACAAGAAAUAUAUACCCUCAUCUGUUAUUUAUUUAGGAUGAAAAAUAAGCGAUAGAAAAUAUACACAUUGACACAUUACACAUAGGUUGCAUAGUUAAAUUGCGGCCGGAUAGUACUAGAUAAGUAUUUAUUUAUUUAAUGUCCUUCACUCAUUGGGUAAUUUAAAAAAUCGUACACUAGUUAAUAGAUAUGCCCAAAAUAACUUAACUGAAAAAGUAAAGAUUGCUUGCUUUCACACUGCAACCGUGGGGUUGCCAGAUAUAAGGGGUUGAGUAAUAUUAUUUAAAUACACUCAUCAGUUAUUCAGUCAUCGAAUAUGUCAAAUGAAAGCUGAUUUUAUCUGCUUAAUUUUAUUGUAUUAGGUCGCCAUUGAUAUUCUUCUCAUUCUUCUCUGUUCAUUUUUGGUUUCCUAGAUUUUGUAUGAAAAAAUGUAUUCGGCCGCAACUUUACUGGGCAACCUAUCUACAAUGUGUCACUUAUUUCUUAUCAGUAAUGAACAACAAAUGAGGGUAUAUAUUUCUAAUGCCGGAUCUUAGACCGUAAGAUUUAUUACUUAUAGUUGAAACGGAGCGGCCCUCUGAAGCGUUUUGUUAUUACUUACCUGUCUAUCAACAGUUUUUUUUUUAUAGAGAUUAACAUAGUUUUUUUUUUACAUUUUACAUUGACUUCAGAUAUGCUGUUGUAAUUAUUGUAACCUCCACUUGCUGUUAUAUUCUAACAAAUUGGUUGGAGUAUAAUUAAAUAUUGUCAAAUAAGUGUUAAAAGUAUUCAUUUAAAUCAUUCCUGUCACUAACAUUACUGUUUAUUUUUCUUAUUAAUGAAUUGUUAAGCAGUUUCAGUAAUUACUACACUAUGUACCUAAUUUCGAAGCUUUAGAGCUCUACGAACUUCUGAUUGUAAAUGUUGCUAAUUCUCAUGUUUUCAAGAAAUAUUUACAUGACUAAUAAGAAGUAAAUACUGUAACAGUUGACAGUUAUAUAGUAAAAGAGAAAAUUAAUUCAUCAAUUAUUAUUUAAUACAUUAUUAGUAUUGUAUUUAUUCCUGUAUGAUACUAUUUUCCCGGAAUUUUACUAUAGUAAGAUUAUAUUAUAUUAAUAAAUUAAA